CCACCUCCAUCACCAUCACCACCACCACCACGACUACCAUUUCCAUCAUCACCACCACCACCACCACCACCAUCACCACCACCUCCAUCACCAUCACCACCACCACCACGACUACCAUUUCCAUCACCAUCUCCAUCACCACCACCACCAUCAUCUCCAUCACCACCACCACCUCCAUCUCCAUCACCACCACCACCAUCAUCACCACCACCAUCAUCACCACCACCUCCAUCACCAUCACCACCACCAGCACGACUACCAUUUCCAUCAUCACCACCACCACCACCACCACCAUCACCACCACCUCCAUCACCAUCACCACCACCACCUCCAUCACCAUCACCACCACCACCAUCACCAUCACCACCACCACCACGACUACCAUUUCCAUCACCAUCUCCAUCACCACCACCACCACCACCUCCAUCUCCACCACCACCUCCACCACCUCCAUCAUCACCACCACCUCCAUCUCCACCACCACCACCUCCAUCACCACCACCUCCAUCACCAUCACCACCACCAUCUCCAUCACCACCACCACCACCAUCUCCAUCACCACCACCAUCAUCACCACCACCACCUCCAUGACUACCAUUUCCAUCACCAUCUCCAUCACCACCACCACCACCUCCAUCUCCACCACCACCACCAUCAUCACCACCACCUCCAUCACCAUCACCACCAACACCAUGACUACCAUUUCCAUCAUCACCACCACUACCACCAUCAUCACCACCACCAUCAUCACCAUCACCACCACCACCACCUCCAUCACCACCACCUCCAUCACCAUCACCACCACCACCACGACUACCAUUUCCAUCAUCACCACCACCACCGCCACCAUCAUCACCACCACCUCCAUCACCACCACCACCACCUCCAUCUCCACCACCACCACCACCUCCAUCAUCACCACCACCUCCAUCACCAUCACCACCACCAUCUCCAUCUCCACCACCACCACCACCACCUCCAUCAUCACCACCACCUCCAUCACCACCACCACCACUACCUCCAUCAUCACCACCACCUCCAUCACCAUCACCACCACCACCUCCAUCAUCACCACCACCUCCACCACCACCACCACCUCCAUCACCACCACCACCACCACCUCCAUCACCACCACCACCUCCAUCACCAUCACCACCACCUCCACCAACACCACCACCACCACCUCCAUCAUCACCACCACCUCCAUCUCCACCACCUCCAUCACCACCACCACCUCCAUCUCCACCACCACCACCACCUCCAUCAUCACCACCACCUCCAUCACCACCACCACCACCACCUCCAUCACCACCACCACCACCACCUCCACCACCACCACCACCACCUCCAUCACCACCACCUCCAUCACCUCCAUCACCACCACAACCAUCACCACCACAACCAUUACCACCACCAGCACCACCACCACCUCCAUCACCACCACAACCAUCAACACCACCUCCAUCACCUCCAUCACCACCACCACAACCAUCACCACCACCACAACUGUCACCACCACCUCCACCGCCACCACCACCUCCAUCACCACCACCACCACCACCACAACCAUCACCACCACCACCACCACCUCCAUCACCACCACCACCUCCAUCAUUACCACCACCACCACUACCUCCAUCACCACCACCACCUCCAUUACCACCACCACCACCACUACUUCCAUCACCACCACCACAACCACCACCACCUCCAUCACCACCACCACCACCUCCAUCAUCGCCACCACCACCACCAUCACUACCACCUCCGAAUAGUCACAAGUCAGCUGGCUCUAAGUCUGACAAGCUUAGUUGGUAG